AUGAAUUCUUCCUCUUCAGCCCAUCAGUGUUCCGGCCUUCGACUCCAACGAGAAACAGAAGAAGCUUACAUCUACGUUGUGGACGCGCCAGGGAUGAAAUCGGAACACGUGCAAAUGACGCUAGAACAAACUGAUCGGAAUGCUACUGUGAUUCACCUGCGUGAUGGAAGAAGAAAAAAAGAAGAAGAAUCCCCAUCCCCAAAUAAUGGUAGCAAACCACCACCCAGAUUUCACCGACUGCUAUCCUUGCGAUCCAAUGUCGAUGCCGACCGGAUAGAUGCCUGUGUGAUUGACGGAGUAUUGUCCAUUACUGUUCCCAAAUUGUCGCGACAGGAACAAGCGGCAGAGCCCUCAAAUAAUAUCUGUCUGCAAAUGACCAGGCGCACCGCAAAGGCGCAGUGA